UUCAGAUAUUUCUCUUGUAUUUUCUUUUUUAUUUUUGUAAAUAAAAUAAUAGAAAAGAAAAAAAGAAAAAAGAUGAUUCUGUUCCAUUGUGUGAGUGGGUGAUGGGAAGGGAAUGAUCCCUCCGAAUUCAAAGAUCUGAUUUUUGGUAGGUAACUCUGAUAAAUGCAUUACCUUCCAAUUUUGACCUAAAAAAAAGCUUUGAUUUUGAUUUGAAUGGAAUGGAAGAAGAAGAAGGCAACAAUGGAAGGAAGAAGGCAACAUCAUCAUCAUCAUCAUUAUCAUCUGUGACAAUGGAGCAUGUUCUCUUGGCUCUCCAAGAAACCAAGGAAGAAAGGGACCUUAGAAUUCGAAGUUUGUUCAACUUCUUCGACACCGCCAAUGGAGGCUACUUGGACUAUUCCCAGAUUGAGUCGGGUCUCUCCGCCCUCCAAAUCCCACCUCACUACAAGUACGCAAAGGAUCUUCUAAGCGUAUGUGAUUCUAACCAAGACGGCCGAGUCGAUUACCAUGAGUUCAAGCGCUAUAUGGACGAUAAGGAGCUCCAGCUCUAUCUCAUUUUUCAGUCUAUAGAUAUUGAGCAUAAUGGGUCCAUUUCUCCUGAGGAGCUCUGGGACGCACUUCUCGCUGCAGGGAUUGAAAUCGAUGAGGAUGAACUUGCUCGGUUUGUGGAGCGUAUGGAUAAGGACAACAAUGGGGUCAUUACUUUCGAGGAGUGGAGGGAUUUUCUCUUGCUUUAUCCUCACGAGGCAACGAUUGAGAAUAUCUAUCAUCAUUGGGAGAGGGUUUGCCUUGUUGAUAUUGGUGAACACACAGUGAUUCCAGAAGGUAUAAGUAAACAUGUUCAUGCUACUAGAUAUCUUGUAGCUGGAGCUGUAGCUGGUGCUACUUCACGUACUGCUACAGCUCCUCUCGAUAGGCUUAAGGUUGCUUUGCAAGUCCAAACCACACAGGCUCGUAUUAUGCCUGCUAUUAGAGAUAUAUGGAAACAUGGUCAGUUUUUGGGAUUCUUUAGAGGGAAUGGUCUUAAUGUUGUCAAGGUCGCUCCUGAAAGUGCCAUCAAAUUCUACACUUAUGAGACUAUUAAAGGCAUUAUAGCAAAAGCUCAUGGGGGAGAAGACAAAGCUGAUCUUGGCACUGUGGACCGCCUUUUCGCCGGUGGUGUUGCUGGUGCUGUUGCUCAGACUGCUAUAUAUCCCAUGGAUCUUGUUAAGACACGGCUUCAAACUUUUGUGUGUGAAGCUGGAAAAGUUCCUAGUUUGACAACUCUGUCUAGAGAUAUUUGGGUACAGGAAGGAACCCGGGCAUUCUACAGAGGCCUUGUUCCUUCUCUUCUUGGCAUUAUCCCCUAUGCUGGGAUUGACCUUGCUGCGUAUGAAACCUUCAAAGAUAUGUCCAAGAAGUACAUUGUGGAGGGUGAACCUGGUCCUUUUAUUCAACUGGGAUGUGGGACUUUGUCUGGAGCACUUGGAGCAACGUGUGUUUAUCCAUUACAAGUUGUGAGAACGAGAAUGCAAGCUCAGCGCAGUAACACGGAUGAUGCCUAUAAAGGAAUGUUUGAUGUAUUUAAGAGAACAUUCAAGCAUGAAGGGCUUAGGGGACUCUAUAAAGGAAUAUUUCCUAAUAUGCUCAAAGUUGUUCCAUCUGCAAGUAUAACUUAUAUGGUUUAUGAGUCCAUGAAAAAGAAUCUCGAUCUAGAAUAAACAACUAUUUGCUUCAUUCAGUUGUCGUGAUUGAAAUGAAUAACAUCUCAAAGGAGAGGAUGGAGGUGAAUAGUUUUAGUCAGAAUAUGCUUAUUGUUGCUUGCUUGCACUGGCUCUCGCCUUUGCCCUCGCCUUCGAUAAUUCAAACAUUUAUUGGAAAGAAUUGGCUCGUCCAUCCCAAAACUUCCAUGAUUUGAGCACAUACUGUAUCAUAUGAUACAGAAGAAGAUAGGAGCCUAUCAAUUCACACAGAAUAAAUUUUUUGUAAUUAUUUAUAGUAAACUCAACUUGAUCAGAAUGAUAUCAAGUAUUGGUCUAUUUCAUUUUCCUAUUUGUAGGAGGGAGACAGCAGAGAUAAGUCUAUACUAUACCUCUUUCUUGUCUAUUAAAAAGACUUUACUUUUGUAAAUUUGACGUUGGUAGAGAAUCUUUGAUCAUCAUAUUCUUAUCAUAACUUACACUGAAAAACUAUGCCACUGUUGUUGUUGCUGUUGUUUUACACUGGUAUUGUUUGUAAUUUGAUGACCAAAGGGUUGAUUUUCAUUGAAGGAGUGAAAAUUCGCCUGA